AUGUGGCCGAAUCUAGCUAUUAGAAUCAACCAAAGGGACUUAGACCGCAAUAAAUUAACACAUAUUUACCCAGAAACUAUUUGCGCCCCUAACUUGCAUGCUGUGCAUUUAAGUAGCAAUAAUAUUCGAUUCGUCGCAGAAAAAUCGUUCCAGAAAUUAUCUAAAACUAAGACAUUAUUUCUGAGUAAUAAUUUGUUAUCCCAUCUUCCUACUGAACUAUUUAAGAAGAUGGCAACAACAUCAACCUUACGCUUACAGACGAACAAAUUGUCUUUUAUUGAUACUGGCGCAUUCUCUGGCAUGAAUAAAUUACAACUAUUGCAGCUUAGUGGUAAUCCUAUCAGAAACUUUUAUGAAUUUCAAUUACCAGCUGUGGCAUUUAUGGAUUUCUUAGGACUUUCGAGAUCCUACCCACUAAAGCUGCAUGGAAACGGUAAUUUAGCUAAGGCAAAAAAGAAUUCUGUGGUAAUAAAAGUCCUGGAUUUAACUAAUAACUUUCUCUCAAAAAUAAAUCAAUUAGACUUCGGAGACUGCAGAACCCUAAACGUCUCUUCCAAUGCUUUAUAUAAUAUUCACCUUGACGCAUUAGAACCUUUUGCAAAGUUACAAUCGCUAAUGUUGCAAUACAACAAUUUACAGAAGUUAGAUUUUAUAAGACCACUAUCUCAACUUAUUGUUCUGUCUCUAACAUCUAAUAGCAUUAAAGCAAUAAAUGUUAAAGAUUUUGCUAAGCUAGCAAGUCUCAAAGAAUUAUAUCUACAACACAAUCAAAUAUCUGAUGUAAAUGCUGUCUUGAAAGGAUUGAAAAACAUACGAAUAAUAUAUUUAAGUGAUAAUACUAUUGAAACGUUGAAAAACAAGUCGUUUACGCUUUACCAAAAUUUAAGAAUUCUUGACCUAAGCAACAAUGCUGUAACCUUAUCUGAUCAAGAAGAUCUGGGUUUGACAUUCUUAGAAGAGCUUAAUUUGGCAGGAAACGAAAUCACAUACUUGAAUUGUUCGGGAUUACCUCCAGUACUCAGAUCUCUAACUUUAGCAAACAACAAUAUAGUAAAGAUCGAUCCUAACUGUGAUCGUCUAUUCUAUCAAGUUACUAAAAUUGAUAUGAGCUAUACGAAUCUGAUUGCAAACGGAAUAGACUUACAGAAAGAUUUUCUUGAUAAAUUAAACUUAGUAAAUGACUUAAAAUUGGCGGGCAAUAAUUGGCCCGGAAUUCUUGAAGGAAUGGCAGCUAUCAUUAACUUAAAAUUGGAUAUAAGUGAUAAUCCUGUGAUAUUAGAUACCUUUAUAAGAGAUUUAUACGACCGUGUUGGGCAAUUCCUGAUUGGAAUGUGUUUCUACUAUAAUCUCGAUAUUACAGUGUAUAACACUGUAACAAGCAUGAACGGUAUUUCAUCCCUUGCACCAAAGUAUCAAAUUACCUAA